CUUUGAAUCAAACUUCAGGCAACUUCAAAUAUAACCAAAAUCAUCAUGGCAAAUCAACACAUAUAUUUUCAUCAAAUAAAUAAUAAUUUCCACAUUUUGACAAAAAUUUAAUUAUUUGUGAUAUAAAUGGCGGUUUCGUGUAAUUCGGAAAUAUAUGACUCACGAGGAGGAGAAUAUUAUGAAAAACCCUACGAGGAGAUUUCACAUGAGAUUGACAAUAAUUUUAUGUCAAUCAAAGUACCAAAAAACAUCGGACAAAUAGAAGCGGUUCAAGAAAGUACAACGCCUUUAAAUUCCAUUCGUGUCAAUUGUGCACAUGAAAAUAUUUGCCGAGAAGAGUGUACAAAAGUUAAUAUUAUUCCAAACAGGAAACCACCAGCAAAAAAACCAGAAGAAGAAUUAUUUUUACUCAGAUGCAAAAAGCGUGUCUUGCAAACAGAUACCGUGGAACACACCCUUGAAAUAGAAUUAAAAGCACCCCGAAAUUAUCGACCCUUGCCUAAACCAGGACCACCUCCACCAAUUAUAGAAAUUCCAUCUCUUUCCACAGGUAAAAAUGGAAAGAGCAAAAAAAUCAAGAAAAAAAAGAAAAAAUAAAAUAUAUAUAAAAAAAACAAUAAUUGUUAAAUAAUAGAACGAAAACAAUUUUUCACUAUAAUAAAAAAAAUCCGAAUAUUGAAAGUAAAAAAUUUUAAAUGUUUAUUAAAACUAAUUUUAAACUGCA